UUUCCAUAAACUGAAAUCACGCCCAGUCAUUUUCACUUCAUUUUAUUUGGAAAUACUUUUCUAAGUUUAUACAAAUCCCCAAAAUUUCACAUUAUGAGGCAGCAGCUGCUGGACGAGGAGUUCGAGAAUCUGCGCCGCAUAGCGUUGGCCAUUUGCCAGAAUCUCGGAAGACCAAAAGAUCGGGAGAUAUGUCGAAGCACCCUGGAAGAGCUCGCCAAGUUCCACCAGGCUUCGUCGAUCAGGAUUAAGGAAAAUGUGCACAAGUUCCUGAUGUUUUAUCUGAAAGUUCUAAGAUGGACGCACAAGCAACAGCCUUCGGAUUUGUAUCGCAAAUGGUAUGGUCAAAACUUUGGCAAUGACUUCAAGUCUGCCUCAUCAGCCGCCAAUUCUGCGGAUGAACUGCGCGUUUGGUUGGAGGAGGGAAAGUCCUUUUACGCCAUGAAAACAUUUGAAGAUGGUUCCACCACCAUUUACUCAGCGGUGGUCAAAGAUCCGAAAGCUGGUUGGUCAGAAAGCGGUCUGAAAACUCUAAUGGAAACGCAAAUUGGCUGCGCUUUAGAUCGAAAUGAAAAUUGAAUUGUUUAAUAUUCUUAAUAUACUGUAUAUUUCCAUUUCAGGUGCUUAACUCGA